CCGCCCGCUGACACAAAGCGGGUCCAAGAUGGCGGAGGCGGGCGCGGGGAGCCCGCACGGCGGGGACGCGGCGCCGCCGGGGCCGCCCGAGGAGCAGGAGCUGAGCCGGCGCCUCCGCCGCCUUUACCCCGCCGUCAACCAGGACGAGACGCCGCUGCCGCGCUCCUGGAGCCCCAAGGACAAGUACAACUACAUCGGCCUCUCGCAAGGCAACCUGCGCGUCCACUACAAAGGUCACGGUAAAAAUCACAAAGAUGCUGCCUCGGUCAGGGCCACUCACCCCAUCCCUGCAGCCUGUGGCAUUUAUUACUUUGAAGUGAAGAUCGUCAGUAAAGGUAGAGAUGGGUACAUGGGAAUAGGACUUUCUGCUCAAGGAGUAAACAUGAACAGGCUUCCUGGAUGGGAUAAACAUUCUUAUGGGUACCAUGGUGAUGAUGGGCACUCCUUCUGCUCCUCGGGGACAGGGCAGCCCUACGGCCCCACGUUCACCACUGGAGAUGUGAUUGGCUGCUGUGUCAACCUCAUCAACAAUACCUGCUUCUACACAAAAAAUGGCCACAGUUUAGGUAUAGCCUUUACAGACCUCCCAUCAAACCUCUACCCUACAGUGGGUCUCCAGACUCCAGGAGAGAUCGUGGAUGCCAACUUUGGGCAGCAGCCCUUUGUGUUUGACAUUGAGGACUACAUGAGGGAGUGGAGGGCGAAGAUCCAGAGCACCAUUAAGCGGUUUCCCAUAGGAGACAGGCUGGGAGAGUGGCAAGCCAUGCUGCAGAAUAUGGUUUCGUCAUAUUUGGUUCAUCAUGGGUACUGUUCAACAGCAACUGCCUUUGCCAGAGUCACAGACACCACAAUCCAGGAAGAACAGACCUCAAUAAAGAACAGACAAAGAAUACAGAAGCUAGUAUUAGCAGGCAGAGUGGGAGAGGCUAUAGAAGCCACCCAGCAGCUCUAUCCUGGCCUCCUAGAACAUAACCCCAACCUGCUCUUCAUGUUAAAGUGCCGGCAGUUUGUGGAGAUGGUGAAUGGCACCGACAGCGAAGUGCGGUGUUUCAGCGCCCGCAGCCCCCGCUCCCAGGACAGCUACCCCGGCUCCCCCAGCUUAAGUCCUAGACAUGGAUCAAGCAACUCACACGUUCACAGUACUGGAGCAGAUAGUCCAACCUGUAGCAAUGGAGUCAUGUCCACAAAAAGCAAACAGAGUCACAGUAAAUACCCAACACUGAGUUCAUCAUCUUCAUCUUCCUCCUCCUCUUCCCCUUCAUCUGUGAACUACUCUGAGUCCAAUUCUACAGAUUCUACCAAAUCUCAGCAGCACAGUAGUACGAGUAAUCAAGAAACCAGUGACAGUGAGAUGGAAAUGGAGGCUGAGCAUUACCCCAAUGGAGUCCUGGAGAAUUCAUCCACCAGGAUAAUGAAUGGCACCUACAAACAUGAGGAGAUCCUGCAGACAGAUGAGUCCAGCAUGGAAGACAGCUGCCCCCAGAGGCAGCUCUGUGGAGGGAACCACGCUGCCACAGAGAGAAUGAUCCAGUUUGGACGGGAGCUGCAGAUCCUGAGCGAGCAGCUUUGCAGAGAGUAUGGGAAGAACACCGUGCACAAAAAGAUGCUUCAGGAUGCCUUUAGCUUGUUAGCUUACUCAGACCCUUGGAACUGCCCUGUCGGUCAACAGCUGGACCCAAUCCAGAGGGAACCUGUGUGUGCUGCUCUCAAUAGUGCUAUUUUGGAAUCUCAGAACCUGCCAAAGCAGCCCCCGCUGAUGCUCGCCCUGGGCCAGGCCUCGGAGUGUUUGCGGCUCAUGGCUCGCGUGGGCCUGGGCUCCUGCUCCUUUGCCAGAGUAGACGAUUAUUUGCACUGACACCCGAGCGGGACGGAGCUGCCGUCGUGGAGUGCUGCCCUUCACCCUCUGCUGCUGCCACUCUGCACCACCACCUCGUUCGAUAGCCUGACCUCCCUGCCACCAACACCCCUGUAGCACACACACACUGCCUGUGCAAGGAUUGAGUGAGUCCCUCACUGUGUGGCUGUUCCUGACCCCGGGAAGUCUGGCAGAUCUGACCCAUCUCCCUGCCGUUGCUGCGGCUCCAGCGGCACUCAGUAUUUCGCUGGUUAUUCUAAUGUAGCACCUUCUGAUGUAGGGAUUUUUCUCUUUUGUUUUGAUUUGAGUUGUUUCUCAUGGUUCCACCAAUAUUUUAUCUGGAGAGUUUUGCUGAGCUGGUUUAUGCUGAUUUACUGAGGAAGCUCAUCAAGUUGGUGACAGCUUGUUCUUUUCUUCCCUUCUCCCUCCAUCGUGCACAUACAGCAUCAUCCGUGCUAGUAAUCCGAACUCGUCUCACAGUGGCAGUUCAGAGGGAUUUUUUUUUUUAUUUUAUUUGAAUCAUGUUUAUUAAAAAGGUCUCUUCCACCUCCACAAAGUCACUGAUGUAUUUAUUGCCCACAGACUCGGUCCCAGCCACACACACACCACACAGCCCCUCAGGAGGCCGGGUGAGGUAGGUCCUGUCACACACUAAUGAUGGAAAUUGGAGGAGCCUGGUCCUUCAUGGUGCCUCUCUUUGGAGCCCAAGGCUCUCAAUCUUGGCUUUGUGAGUGGGAAGAGUAGAAGAUUAGCAUUGCCUGCAUUGGUGAUUGUGCUGUAGAAGCAUCUCACAGCCCUGAGAAAGAGUUAAAUCCAGCUCUCUGAACAGCUGGAGGGGCAGGACUGAUGAAUAUGAAGUCAUCUGCCACUGUAUGGUAGAACCAGGUCCUGUGAGUUGGCCAGAAACAUCCAUGGGCGAUGCCCUGGUGGGCUGAUAAUUUUUAAUUAAAUAACAAAUCCCCCAUUUUUCUCCAUGGAGGAGGGCUCUGCCACUAACUCAGUAAUAACAGUAUUUCCUGCCCUCUCUCAUCCCUGUAAAACUGAUCUAAAUGAGUCCUUCUAAAUUUUGGAAGUGUCUGGAGAAACCUGGGCUGAGCUGUUCUUGUCCUUGCAGGUGGGACGAGCUUGAGAUCAGGUUGCAGGUUGGGGUCAGUACCAGCUCUGUGGGGCCUGAGCCAUUCAGAAAGGAGCAGCAGUGUUUCUUUAGGGAUUAUUAAGAUAAUUAUCAAAGUUCCAGUCCCAAAAGAGACCAGCAAGGAUCUGUGGGUGAGUAACCUCUGAGUAAAAUGGACUAAUGUGUCCGUGCUGUGUGCCAGGCCUGGCACUUGAGUGCUGCUAAGCAUUCAGAGCACUUGUGAGUGUUUCUGAGCGUGUUCUGUUAGCUGGCCAGGCUGCCUGGCAGCACCGUGUGCUUUGCAUCAUCUGCUGUACCAUUAGGAGAUGGCAGGUUCAGCCUGGCAGGUUCUGCACCAAAUUAAUUUUAGGUCAGUAGCUCUGAGGAGGACCCAAGGGAGCUCAAACCAAACAUGAAUUUUACUGCUGUUCACGAAUUUUUUUUUUUUUUUGAAGGUCAAUGAAAGAUGAACAGGUUUUGUUGAGGUUUGUCCUUAAAAUGGAGGUUAGCCUGUGCCAGGGCUUCAAGCACCAAGAGGAAAAGUAGCAAAAAGCCCAAAGCUUUAAGGAUUUUCUGGGCUUGCAGGAUGGAUUUGCAGCUGGCACAUCCAGGUCUGGAUGUCUGGAGGUCUGAAAUCAAGGCAGAGUAGGGAGGCAGGUGCCAGGGCAGGCUGUGGUAGUGAAUGUGCAGAUGGUGGUGGAGGUGGUUGGGAACAUGAUCCCUGCCUUUUGGUGAAGGUGUGCAGUGUGUAGUGGCAGUGGUCUAAGAAAACAGGAGGUUUAGAGCUGCAGGAGAUACUUUUAUCAGAUGGCUGGUACAAGCUGCUAAAAGCAGAGGGAGCUCUACCACAGCCUUUCUACCAGAGAGGCAGAGGCAGAGAGCUGCACCAAGCAGAAUUUAACUUGCCAGUCUGGGGCUUCUCUUCCAGCUCUGGGGAACAGCUCAUGUGCCUGAAAGCUCAUCUGUUGAUUGCCAACUCUGCUGAUGGAUCUUAGCCCAGCCUGCUGUUUUUGCCUUGCUGCAAGUGCAGAGAUAACUCAGUGGAAAGGUUUCCUUCCCAAAGCCUCGGGUCCCAGACGUGCCAAGGCACCAUGUGAGCUCUGCCUGGUGGGAUUCUCCUGCAGGCUUUCCAUUCCUUAGACUCAGGCUGACAGCACACUGCUGGGCUGAUUCUGGGUACUGAGGCUGAAGUACUCCAGGACCUUGCUUUGCCUUCCCCGUUUGGCAGCUUCCUCUGCUGUUGGUCACCACUUGCAGCAGUCUGGCUGCAGUCAGACCUCUCUCUCAUCUUCAUAGCAACACCAUCUUUAUCUUUCUGAGGUUUUUUUGGUUCCUUCUCUUUGUGGUUUCUUUAAGCCAAGUCUCUUCAUCAUGUGUCAUAUUAAUGCCCCAUUUGGUCUCUCAGCAAAGCUUUGCUGACUGUCCUAGAGCGCCUUUUUUAAUUUUGGUUUCGCUACCACAAAAAAAAAACCAACAAAGAGAUGUUCCUAGAUAUCUGGUUAUUUUGGUGCCAAGAAAUGUGUGAUGGAUUUUAUUUGAGUUUUUAAAAUUUACUUCAAGUGUUCUGGUGGUUUCACCAGUGGUUUCUGCUUCUUGUACUCAGGUUCUGACUAAUAUGGCUGUGACUCAGUAUGGGAAAGAUAAGCAUGUUUGUGGUGGGAUGUAGGUCCCAACCUACCCCUCAUUCCUAGAUGGAAUUUCUGAUGUGGUUUUCUCAGGUUGUAUUUCAAAGCCUCUUGCCAUUGAAUCUCCCUGGCUGCUCUUUCAUGGUUCAUGUUAGCUGAAACUUGGAUUAUUGCAGUAGUUUUUAAAAACAGAGGUAAAGUGAAAUGGGGUCUGUAACACUGAAUGUGGCUGUACACCUAACCAGAGGCUACAUGGCAAUUCAAAAGUUACUUCUAUAAAAAUGAUUUGGGUUUUUUUUCUUCCAAGUGCCUCAAACAAUCUGGUCACUGCUCCCAAGAGUCCUUCAGUACAGCCAUGUUUUACUGUGGAGCCUGUAGGAGAAACUGCUGGUUUCCCAUUUCUGGUGGGGGGACAAGGACUCAGCUACAGCCCUGUGUUGUUGUGCUGGUGGCACUGAUACAGGACUCCACAGGUUGCUCUCUGCUGGGCUGGCUUCAGAUGCUGGGAGGUUUUCCAGAGCUCAGCUGGACCCUGCACAAGCAGCAUUCCCCUGCCCCAGGAGAGGCUCUCCAGCUGCUAGUCCUUCCCAGGACCUGGGAAAUGCCACUGCUGGAACAACUGAACCUUUCCCAGCUCUGCUGUGCCUGCACACUCAGAGAGCCUCAGCUGUCCCCUGAUCAGUCCAAAGGCACCAUCGAAGAGCUGUGAUCUAGAGAACAGCAAACACACUCCAGCUCUGUGCUCUGGACACCCCACCCACCUUCCUGGCACUUGGCCGUGCAGCAAAAGCCUGGCAGAAGGAAAGCAUUUCACAGACCUGGUGGGACCUGAUUUCUGCACAUCCUGGGCGUUGGGUUUGAGUCCAGUGCCCUGCCUGUUAAGUGGCCUUUUGAGAGGAGCAUUUUGGGAACUCCAGACCUGGAGCCUUGGCUAAAGUGUCCUUCAGGGUUUCUGUGGAGAGAGCUUCAUGGAGCUGAAUUACAUCACCAGGCUUCUCUCCCCAUGGACAAGGGUUCUUGCUGCCCCCACAAGCUGAGAGUGAGAGCAUCAAGAAUACAUUGGGAGAACUUUGGAGUGAGAUGCACUGGAGUAGCUGGGAUAAGUGUUUCUUGGAGGAGUAUCCACCUCAUACACUGCUACUCCAGCCUGUGACCAUCCUAGUGGCUCUGCUGGGUGCAUUCCAAUUUGUAGAUAUCUUUCCUGUACCAGGGGAGCCAAAUCUUGUUCCUCUUGUUCCCCCUGUUCCUCUUGGAACCAUCUUGUUCCAGAUUAUUCCUCUUGCUACUCCGUGAGCCUACCCUAGCAAGUAUUUAACCAAAGCUAUUUCAAGACUUAGAGGGUUGAGAGAGCUCUCAGUCAAGCUCUGCUGUGAGCAAGGAGGGCAGCAGUCUAUUUCCUGUCCAUCCUGCAGAGUGCUCCCAGAGCCAGCUGGUUUUGGGAAAUCUUUCUUGCUUCUCUGCCUCCCACAACCCCAGUAUUCCCCCAACUGCAUGACCACAAUGGUAUCUGCAGUGCUGGCUGCUGUGGGAGUUGCUCUAACACCAGGGCCAGCUCUGUGGCUCAUGUCUGUGCCAAGCAUAGAUGUGACAACUGCAACUGCCCUUCCUGGCUUGUCCUUCCCUGCUGGCCUAAAAGACUUCCACAUGUGACAGUCCCUUUUUGCCACCUAUCAGCCUGCAGCUGGGCUGGCUGCAGCACUUCUGCCAUUCUUCUGGAGUCUCUUAGGAGCUGAGCCCUUGUGUGUGGCCAGCAGAACAGAGAGGCACUCCCAGUGAAGCACUGGACAAUGCACAGCAUCCAGCCCUUAUGGGAAGGUUGUCCAGUGGAUGCUCUCCCUCAGCCCCAUGUGAACCAAAGCUGGAGCUUGUUGCCUUGGGAUGUGUGAAAGGUGUGUGGUGAAAGAUGGGUAGAGCCUGUUUCUGUUUCCAGCAUCCUGGUGGUCCUUGCUGUGCUGCUGGAUUUGGACACCAGGAGAUGCAGCUGUGGCUGGCAUGGAGAAUGGGCCCCUCUGGGAGUAACAUUCUUCGUGGUUACCUACACCUAGGAUAUUCCCAUAUCCUUCCUUCUCUUUUUUCACAGUGACAUCUCAUUCUGUCCUCAAGCUAUGUUCUUGUUUUUCAUGUUUUAUUAAGACAUCUUUACCAUUCUUUAAAUAGCUUUGUUCUUGAGGCUGCCUUGAGAAACUGGAGCAACCAGAGCCGCUGGAGCUAGUUCUAGGAAUUGAAUGUGUCAUUUUCCAUCUUGGGUAUCAGGGAUGAUGAACCAUCUCCUCCUGCAGCAAAGCAAGCCAGGCUGGAUUGCAGCUGUGCUUUGGUACCUGUCUGUGUCAACAGGUAGCACAUGUUGCUUAGACACACACUUCAGAGUUCUGCUGCCCUGGGGUUGAUGGAGAAGGUGACCUGUGGCAGCCAGGCUGUAGAGCAGUGUGUAAGUGCCAUGCAGCUGUGUGGUGCACCACAUGGGGUCAGAUAGUUCUCCCCUUAAGAGGCAGUGCAGACUUGGACUGUCCUGUGGCAGCAGGUGGAGAGAGAGGUCCCUCACACUCCAGUCCUGGGUGCAGUGAGGCUCCAUGGAGCUGGUGACAGCCUGGGAGAACGAACAAGGGGUCCUGGUCCACCCAGGAGUCCCCUUUGCAGAAGGAGCAUCUUCCUUCCAGCCCUGCCAGUGUGAGAGCAGCCUCAGUGGUGGGGCAGAGAGAGCAGGCAGAGAGCAAGUGUUGAGUCUCCAGCUGUACCAAGGUGUUUCUGCAGAAGGGCUUGCCAGGGGACAGCUGUUUCUGCAUGGGGACGUGCCAGGGGACUUGCUGGGUGCUGCUGGGACCCUUCUGCCCCAGAGGGAUGAGUGAUGGAGGGAACUGCAAUCCAGCAGUUCCUGGUCAGAUCCAGAGCUGGUUGUGAGCCUUGUCCAUCUGCUGUGUAGGGGCAGAGAGCUGGAGGAAUUGUUGUUGGGGCUGUGUGAGGGGAGCUACAGCAGAUUUGGGAGGAAAAGGGAGGAGCUGAGAACCUGGAGGCCUCUUCUACAGACAGCACGAGCUGCUCUCCACCACCCUUCCCUGCAACAAGAGGUGGCAGGUGAUGGAUGAGUGAAUUUGGCAUGUCUGUCCCUCUCCCCACAUCCCAAACCAGAGCUCAGAGCCUGCAGCUUGAGCUGGAGCAGUGCCCAGCAAGCCAGGGCAUCAUCCAGGCUUGAGGAGCACACACGUCCUGCCAGCUCUUUUAUUUCCAGGAGGGAAGCUUAACUCUCUCCUGCUCGCGGGAAACCCACAUGUCCUGUGUGGAAUUGACACUCACAUCAUGACAGAAACAUUCCUGGGGGCCAUGCAAACCUCUGCUCCUUGCUGAAAGUCCCAUGGCCAGGCAGACACCUUUUCUCUGGUCACUCCACUUGGGUCCAGGCGUGUGCCUGGACAUUUUUGCUCAGGAGGAAGGACUUCAGCCACAUCCUUCCUCCAGAAGGGAGCACAGAGGGAUUUUUGUAUGCUGGGCUUCUCACAGGCUUAGACUUGGAGAAAGGAGAAGCAGCAGCAGCUCUGGGGAUAAUCCAGAUUUUAAAGAAAAUUUGAAAACCACAAGUAUGGUGACUUCCAGACCAAGGACUGCACUGGCACUGGAUUGGGAUCGUGUCUUGGUCCCGCCUGUGCAGCCAGGGAGGCAGGAGGAGGCUGCAGCCCCUGAAGCUCUCACACACAGCAGUGCAAGCCCAGGACCUGCCCAGCACGCAGUGAACUCUCCUCUCCUGCUGGUUGCUCAAAACUCAGGUAUGAAAUGCUCAGCUGGAGUAUGGGGUGUGAGGUCUCCACAGGUUUCCCAGCAGCCCUGGAGGAGUGGCCGCCGCUGGGCACAGCUGCCUGUGCCACUCCAGGCUUCUCCUGGCCUUUGGAAGGGAGUUUCACCUCUUUGGUACAACAUUGGCUAUGUGGACAUUACACAAACUGUGCACAUUGGUUCAGUCUACGCUUAGUAUUUGUGAAUUAAGUUAUCUGAUGCUUCGCAUGAAAACUUCAAAAAAGGGGCUGGGGGGGUGGAUUUUAACUGAGAAAAAGCCUAUGAAAAUAUACUGGAAAUAUGGUAAAGAAAUCGACAUUCUGCUGUAUAUUGACAGAAUUAUUUUUAUUAAAAUACACAUCCAUGUGCAAGA